AUGGCGUAUUCUGGUCACAAGAUCAAGAAAUACAUCGUCGCCAACUACAAGAUCCAUGUCGAGAAGCUCGGACCCGAUGUCCGUCGUGGAGUCGUUCACGCAGUCGAGAAGGUUGUCCUGGUUCGCGUAGGCAACAAGGACAAAGCUGCGUCUGGGUGCUUCAAUUUGGGCAAGAAGGCGGCUGAGCACAAGCCUAAGGCCGUGAAAAAGCCCAAAGUACCGAAGGUUAAGAAGGCUGCAACCCCAAAGAAGCCGAAAGUGGACUGGAUUGAAUACACCGGAUUCUCUUGGGGGUAA